AUGGGGUGUGGGGUAGGCAGGGCGGGGCUGGACCCCGGGCAUUUGCUUUGCCUACCCACAGCCCUGCCAGCAAGCACAGGGGUCCCCGACCCGCUCCAGGCCGCACCCAUCUGCCCACCCCAGGCCUCCAGAUGGCUCCCCCAGCACCAGCUCCCAGGGGCUGCAGUCCCCGUGGGUGGCCCCCAGGGGCAGGGCCUAGGGCGAGGCUUGAGCAAGUGUUCCGAGGUUUCAAGGUGCUAUCAGGGGGGCAGGGGGCAGAGCUGCUGGUCACAGAGCACCCGCCCCUCACCAGCUGUCCCAGCCCUGUCUCCCACGCUAAGAGGAGGCGGGUAUGUCUGUCCGUCAUGCUCCCGGAAGGCCAUGCCAGGCCUCCUCCUCUCCUCGCCCCGCAGCCACAACCUGCCCAUGGCCAGUGUCCAGCACCCAUGUCCCUCUGGGCCUCUGCGACGGUGGCCGGGUGCCUGCGGCAUUGUCCGUGAGAGGAGCCUGCACAGUCAGGCCCCGUGUCGGGGCAGGGUCCUAGGGGAGUCCCUACCUGUGCCCCAUGCUUGCCUGCAUGAGGCCAGCACUAAUAGGUCACCCUUUUUUGUUGUUGUCAUUUAA